AUGAACAUCUUUACUAAGGUCCCAGGAUUAGCCCAACAAACCAGCAAGCUGGGGUCUGUGCUCCAACGUGCCUUCUACGGGUCCAGUGGGAGGGUGACCCUUUUCGAGCAGAGGAACUACGCCGGCAGACGGCUGGAGCUGAGCUCCGACUGCGCCCGGUUCAGUGACAGGAACUUCCCAGAGAGAUGCAACUCUGUGCAGGUGGAGAGCGGAGCAUGGGUCGGUUACGAGCAUGAGAACUUCCGCGGCCGUCAGUACCUGUGGGACAUGUCCGACCGGGGAGAGUACAACUGCUACGAGAAGUGGUGCGCCCAGGUGGACCACGUCUCCUCCGUCCGCUCCGUCAAACAGGACAGCACCCCUGCCAAAGCUCAGCUCUUCGAGCGAGCCGGGUUCUCCGGUAAGAAGAUGGAGAUCCAGGACGACAUCCCCAACCUGAUGAGCCGUUACAGCCUCAACAGGGUCGCCUCCAUCCGCGUCCUCGGAGGAGCGUGGGUGGUGUAUCAGGAGCCGAACUACAGAGGGCCCCACUACAUUCUGGAGAAGCGUGAUUACAACAACUUCCCUGACUGGGGCAGCCAGAACAGCACCGUGGGCUCCAUGCGCAGAGUCCGCUUCGGCUAA